ACUAGGUGAGCCCAAUAUAUGACCCGAUAUCAAACCCACCAUAUAGAUAACAAAUACAAACCCUAAAUAUCUAUCUAAGCUGCUCUCAUCUCCGUUCGCAGUCUUCGCCGCCGGUUGAACGAUUUGCAAAAAGAGAAGGAAAAAUGAGUCGGGCUAGUGCAGCUGGUGCCAAGGGAAAGAAGAAGGGUGCAACCUUCACCAUUGACUGUGCUAAGCCAGUUGAAGACAAGAUCAUGGACAUUGCUUCCCUUGAGAAGUUUCUUCAAGAGAGGAUCAAGGUCGGUGGCAAAGCCGGCGCUCUUGGUGAUUCUGUCACUGUUACCAGGGAGAAAUCCAAGAUCACUGUUACCUCUGACAGUAAUUUCUCCAAACGAUACUUGAAAUACUUGACAAAGAAGUACUUGAAGAAGCAUAAUGUCAGGGAUUGGCUGCGAGUGAUUGCUUCAAACAAAGACAGGAAUAUCUAUGAGUUGAGAUAUUUCAACAUUGCUGAAAACGAAGGAGAGGAAGAGGAUUGAUUGUAUGGUUAAUUUAUUUCUGAGAGCUGUAUUUUCUUUUGACAAUUACAAGUAUUGUAUGAGAUAUAAUGCACUGUUUAGACUUUGUGCAAUUUAACAGUUUUGAUUAUUUAAUGGUUGUGUCACUCUUUAAGAAUUCAGAAUGGUUGUGUCACUCUUUAAGAAUUAAGAAUGCAGUUUUCAUUUUAUUCA